AUGUGGUCCUCACCAUAUUGUGUGCCAGGGAAUCAUCGCAUCACUGAUAAUUUCUGCUUGCUGACUCAUUCUACUCUGAAGAAAAGUUUCGACACAAUUCUUCUGCCAACUUACGAUGAAAAAAGGUCUUCGAUCCUCAGUCAUGUGCCCACUGCAAUCAACAAUAGCAAGCCAUACUUCUGCACGGCAGAAGCUGCAUUGAACAAUAGCAGGACCACACUUCUGUGUGGCAGAAGAUUCGCACAUGCUGCAUUGAACAAUAGCAGGACCACACUUCAAUGCAGCAGAAGGGUUGGUGCAUGCCGAUGUGAUGCAUAUUUGCCCCCUCCUGCUGAUAUGAACAUCCCAUGGCUUGCUGGUAUAUACAUGGUAAGUCCUGCUCGUUGCCGUCACCCCCAUUCGACUCAUCUUAUGACUCCUCAUAACUACUCUUUCCUAGAUAUCUGCAUCUUAUAUCUGAUGUCGACGAACAAUAACCCAACUGGCAAAAAUCAAUACAAGAAUCACUCACCGCCAGACGAUCCACACAUCGCUGCUCUCCUUCGCGAUUAUCAUCGUCGGGGGUUGGGAAGCUGCAAGAUCCUUCCAGAGUUGCUUCAAAAGGAGCAUGGCAUCACGCUCGGAGAGGCUUCUGUUGCGAAGCAAUUAAAGGCGGUUGGCCUUACAGGUAGUGGUGCGACAACUAAGCAACUACCUGCCAACGUCAAACGCCAACUCAUCCUCGACCAAAUGGCUCAAGAUCCUGCAGGACGACAAGGACCUAGCACAGUCAAAGAGGCUAUUGCAUGGAACACAGGUAUUCAUCUCACAAGGUUAGAUGAAGGUGCAGAAGUGGGUUGCGGCAAAGGUAACUCGCAGAUGGACAAGGAACUCAGAGUUGGGAACAACACUGGAGGAGGUAUGGUGCUGGAGUUGACUAUGGUGUCGGAGGAGGAUGAGGUAGGAAGGAUACCAAGGCAACCAAGGAAGAACAACAAGUACAAUAAGGAUGGGAGGAGACAAGGGAGCAUGGAAUCACAAGGUAACAAGACAAUAAGGGUUGGGAUGGAGAAACAAGGCAUCAUGGUGAAGGCCAAGAGAAUUCCUCGGAGCGCCAUCAUCAGUAGUGUUCGAAAGUCCAGUUAG